CCCCUAUAAGAACCCUCUCCGUCCCACUUCUCUAAAUGAGGAAGUUCCCUGAGCAUCACGGAGCACCUGCAGACGAGUUAAGAUUUUCACGGGAGAAAAUGGCUUCCAAGCUUGAAGAGGAGCUUUGCUGUCCUGUGUGCUAUGACAUCUUCAAGAAUCCCAUCUUUUUGUCCUGCGCUCACAGUGUGUGUAAAGCCUGUUUGCAGCAGUUCUGGGAGAGCAAAGGAUCCAAAGAAUGUCCCUACUGCAGGAGAAAGUGCUCUAAAGCACAAUAUCCUUCUAACAUGGCGUUGAGGAACUUGUGUGAGGUUUACUUACAGGAGAGAAGUCAAACUUCAGUAGGGACUGAGGUGCUCUGCAGUCUGCACAGUGAGAAAUUCAAGCUUGUUUGUGUUGAGGAUAAACAACCUGUAUGUUUGGUGUGUCGAGACUCAAGAAAACACACCAACCACAAGUUCCAACCUUUAGAUGAGGCAGCAUCUGACCUUAAGGAGCUGCUGAGGAUUAAACUAGAGUCCUUACAAAAGAAGCUGAAGAUCUUUAAAGAAGCAAAACUCUCCUGUGAUGAAACAGUGAAACACAUGAAGACUCAGGCCCAGCACACAGAGAAGCAGAUCAAGGAGGAGUUUGAGAAGCUUCACCAGUUUCUACGAGAUGAAGAGGCAGCCAGGAUAGCUGCACUGAGGGAGGAAGAGGAGCAGAAGAGUCAGAUGAUGAAGGAGAAGAUUGAGAAGAUGAGCAGAGAGAUCUCAUCUCUUUCAGACACAAUCAGAGCCAUAGAAGAGGAGAUGAGAGCUGAUGAUGUCACAUUCCUCCAGAACUACAAGAGCACAGUGGAAAGAGCCCAGUGCACACUGCAGGAUCCAGAGAGGGUUUCAGGAGAUCUGAUCAAUGUGGUGAAACACCUGGACAACCUGAAGGUCAAAGUCUGGAAGCAAAUGAUUGCUCCUGUGACUCUGGAUCCCAACACUGCACACCCAGAUCUCAUCCUGUCUGAAGAUUUGACCAGUGUGAGUUAUGUUAAAAAUAACCAACAGAGGUUUGAUAAGUAUCUCAGUGUCCUGGGCUCUGAGGGCUUUACCUCAGGGACUCACUGCUGGGAUGUGGAAGUUAGAGAGAACACAUGGUGGGGUGUAGGUGUGAUGGCAGAGUCUUUCCAGAGGAAGGGAGACCUAUACUCCAGGAGUGGACGGUGGUGUAUGUUUUAUAAAGAUGGUAAAUAUGGAGCAUGUGCUCCUCCACAUCCCUUCACUCUCGUCACAGUGAAGAAGAAACUCCAGAGGAUCAGAGUGCAGCUGGACUGGGACAGAGGAGAGCUGUCAUUCUCUGACCCUGAUAAUAACACACACCUACACACUCUAACACACGCUUUUACUGAGAGAGUGUUUCCAUUCUUUAAUACUGCCUGUAGUCUCUCUCCUUUGAGGGUCUUACCAGUGACUAUCCACUAACAGCAUAGCAGUGCUGAUGGUGUCUCUGACUGGACUCUCAUAAGUAGGUGUGAUUGUAAAGGUGUGUCGUUAAUACACUGAUGAUACAUACUAAUGAUGACCGUGGAUCAGAUUUGAAUGCUAAAUGUGGUACGGAUGCAUUUGCUCCUCCCCCCAGACUGUGUCACUUUAGUACAGAGUAAUGCUCUACUCUGAUUGGAUGCUGAAAGUAAAAGGGGAUGGGGCAGAGCAAGCUUGGAGCCAUACUUUGGCUCAUGUAACUUCAACUUUAAUGUAAAUUUAAAGUAAUUAAAUUGAUUGAGUACUGAAAGUGAGAGAAUGCAUUCUAUGUAAGCCACUUAUUUCAAAAUGUGUGCCAACA